UGAAAUUCGGCAUAUACCCACAUUUCUCCUCCACUCUCAUCAUCACCAUUUCUGCGUUUUGUUUAGAAAACCAAAAACCCUCUCUCCACGCUUCUCCCGUCAACUCUCUCUGAAAACCAAACCCUAAUCUAAACAAAUGAAUCACCCACAACCCCAAGACCACGCCGACCCCCAGCUCCCCCAAAUCAGAAUCCACCACCCCAACUCCCCCCGCCACCACUCCUCCCCUGCCGGCGCCACCCCCACCCCCACCGCCGGCGCCCGCCGCAAGCUCGGCGUCGCCGUCGACCUCUCCGACGAGAGCGCCUACGCCGUCCGCUGGGCCGUCGACCACUACAUCCGCCCUGGCGACGCCGUCAUCCUCCUCCACGUCAGCCCUACCUCCGUCCUUUUCGGCGCCGACUGGGGCUCCACCGACCUCUCCCUCGCCGCCAACGACGACCUCCUCCUCAACACCUCCUCCCCCAACCACGCCUCCAAGCAGAAUCUCGAGCACGAUUUCGACGCCUUCACCGCCGCCAAGGCCGGCGAUCUCGCCCGCCCCUUGAAGGAGGCUCAGAUUCCCUACAAGAUCCACAUCGUCAAGGACCACGAUAUGAAGGAGCGGCUCUGCUUGGAGGUCGAGAGGUUAGGGCUCAGCGCGGUCAUCAUGGGCAGCCGUGGCUUUGGUGCUGUCAAGCGCGGCAGUGAUGGUAGGCUUGGCAGUGUCAGCGAUUACUGCGUGCAUCACUGUGUCUGUCCUGUUGUGGUUGUGCGUUAUCCUGAGGAUAAGGAUGAUGACAAUGCCGCCGGAGCUAGCGCCGCUCCUGCUGCUGUGGUUGCUGUUAAGGAGGAUGAGGAGGAAGAGGCUGUAAUCAAGCCUGUCCCUGCCGAGAAACCGCAUCUUAAAGAUGCUUAGUAGGUCGUCCAAGUAAAAGUUUGAUCUUCCCAAGUAAAGUUUGUGUAGAUGUCUGAGUCAACUGGGAUUGGAUUCUAGUCACUGGAUUAGCUGACAUGUAGAGGAGUCAGUCCAGACUGGUGCUGCUAGCUUGCUCUUUCUCGUCCCGCCUGACCUCCCAAACUACUUUGUCAUCUGCCGUAGUGACUUUGGGAGGGAUUGGAGUCGGUAUUUGUAUGGUUAAUGAAUGAGAUUUCUGGAAUUCAGUGAGGCGUAUGAAACUCUGUUUGUCUACUGUAUGUGUGAUCUUACUCGUUUUCAAUUUCAAGGUUGUGCUUUGUUGUUGUUGCCAGUAAUACACAUGUUAUCUUGAAUCUGCAUUGUUAUACAUGGAUUUGUGGACAUACCCUUGCUACCCCUAACACUAUCCUGGGAUGUUCUUGCUUUUGGUACAUGUUCGGUCUAUCCCUUUGUUUCUUUGUGGUUCGCCACCUACCCUUCUCAUGUGCGGGGGUGUUUAGGACUGUGUUUAGUUCGACUUCAUCGAAAUAAUCAAAUCCAGAUGACAAUAUUAAUGCUGGCUUAUAGUUGAGUCUUAAUACCCUAGUUACUAGUUCUGUUACAGAACUCGGUCUUUUGUUUUGAGAGAGUCAUUGGAUACGGUAAUAUGGAGAUGCGCCAAAUGGCUAUAUUCCAAAAGGCGUGUAUUUAUCCACAGGGUUUGUUUUUGUGUAC